GUCAGAACAGGGAUCUUUUUUUUUCCCCUUCAUCUACUCCCUCCCCCCCUUCCCACCCCUCCCUCCCUCCUUUCCUUCCCUCCCUCCCUCCCCUCUCCGCUGGUUCUGCGCGCUGGGGCGCCAGGUCCCCUCCGCAGCCGGGACGCGCGCAACUCGCGGCAGGAGUCAGCUCUUUGGAGCCUCCUCCCUCCCUUCCCCUUCCCUGCCCCCUUCCCCCACCCCGACUCGGGCUGGAACUGCGGCCUGAGGAGCCCUGAGCCAGCAUUUGCUGCAUCGAACAGUCGCAGUUCAGUACCGACCAAACUUGCAGCUGUUGCUGACCGCGCUCGGCCGAGCCCCAUCCCAGGCCCCUGAGCUGGAAUGAUGGAAAACUCCUCGGCAGCAUCAGCUUCCUCUGAGGCUGGGAGCAGCCGCUCCCAGGAGAUUGAGGAGCUAGAGCGCUUCAUCGACAGCUACGUACUUGAGUACCAGGUGCAGGGGCUGCUGGCUGACAAGACGGAGGGUGACGGCGAAAGCGAGAAGACGCAGUCCCACAUCUCCCAGUGGACAGCAGACUGCAGUGAGCAGCUGGUCAGCAGUUGUUCCUUCUCCCGCGGGCGAGCCACCCCACAGCAGAAUGGCAGCAAAGACAACUCUCUGGACAUGCUGGGCACAGACAUCUGGGCAGCCAACACCUUCGAUUCCUUCAGUGGUGCCACCUGGGACCUGCAGCCAGAAAAACUGGACUUCACCCAGUUCCACCGGAAGCUCAGACAAACGCCGAAGCAGCCCCUGCAGCACAUCGACCGAGAAGGGUGUGGCAAAGGGAAGCUGGAAGAUGGGGAAGGGAUCAACCUGAAUGACAUUGAGAAGGUCCUCCCGGCCUGGCAGGGCUACCACCCGAUGCCACAUGAAGCAGAGAUUGCACACACAAAGAAGUUGUUCCGAAGGAGGAGAAACGACCGAAGACGGCAGCAGAGACCUCCAGGAGGGAACAAGCCCCAACAGCAUGGCGAUCACCAGCCGGGCAGUGCCAAACACAACAGGGACCACCAGAAAUCCUACCAGGGGGGCUCAGCACCCCACCCCUCAGGGAGGCCCACCCACCAUGGCUACAGCCAGAACCGGCGCUGGCACCACAACAACAUGAAGCACCCACCUGGCGACAAGGGGGAGGCAGGUGCCCACCGCAAUGCCAAAGAGACCGUGACCAUCGAGGGCCCAAAACUCGAGGACGCCCCGGGGGACACAGGGCACGGUGCCCUCGAGAUCCCCCGCAGUCCUGAGGCCCUAGCCCCUGUGGCUCCCGAGCGGCUGCCCCUACAGCAGCCAGGGGGGUCCGAGGCCGAGACAAAGCGUAAAGACAGUGUUAUUCCCGAGCGCAUCGGGGAGCGGCCCAAAAUCACCCUGCUCCAGUCUUCCAAAGACAGGCUGCGGCGAAGGCUAAAGGAAAAGGUACCGGAUGAAGUGACCGUGGAGACGACCAGCCCACAGCAGAACAAGAUGGACAAGCUGAUUGAGAUCCUGAACAGCAUGAGGAACAACAGCAGUGACGUGGACGCCAAGCUCACCACCUUCAUGGAGGAGGCCCAGAACUCCACCAACUCGGAGGAGAUGCUGGGGGAGAUCGUGCGGACCAUCUACCAGAAGGCCGUGUCGGACCGUAGCUUCGCCUUCACGGCCGCCAAGCUCUGCGACAAGAUGGCACUCUUCAUGGUGGAGGGGACCAAGUUCCGGAGCCUGCUCCUGAACAUGCUUCAGAAGGACUUCACGGUGCGCGAGGAGCUGCAGCAGCAAGACGUGGAGCGCUGGCUGGGCUUCAUCACGUUCUUGUGCGAGGUGUUUGGCACCAUGCGCAGCAGCACGGGCGAGCCCUUCCGCGUGCUCGUGUGCCCCAUCUACACCUGCCUCAGGGAGCUCUUGCAAUCUCAGGAUGUGAAGGAAGAUGCUGUCCUCUGCUGCUCUAUGGAGCUGCAGAGUACGGGCCGGCUGCUGGAGGAGCAGCUCCCCGAGAUGAUGACAGAGCUCCUGGCCAGUGCCCGUGACAAGAUGCUGUGCCCCUCAGAGUCCAUGCUGACCCGGUCGCUGCUCCUGGAGGUCAUUGAACUCCACGCCAACAGCUGGAACCCUCUGACACCCCCCAUCAUGCAGUACUACAACAGAACCAUCCAGAAACUGACAGCCUGACAGCCAGGGGGACUGGCGGGCGGCCCGCAGACAGCUGGGGCCCUGGUGCGCAGAGCCAGAUGGACAGUCAGGAGGACAGGGGUGGCCCUGGUGGGAAAAGGUGGUGGGGAGGAAGGCAGGCAGAGCCAGGGGCCAGGCUGGAGCCAGGCAGGGAUGGGAUCCGACCCCUGAGAGAAGCCCCCCAC